CCCGCUUCAGAGAGCACUCGCGAAGCUCCUGUCCACCUAUCAGCAAUGGACUCCUCCUCCUCGUCAUCUGCGUCUCAGCAACGCCUCGCCAGCGUCUUAUCUGCAUCCUACAUUGACGCCGAUAUUCGUAAUGCACUCGCCGUGCUGGAUACACGAUUCGUCGAGAACACAGCCGAAACCCGCAGGCAGCUCCGAGUCAACGUCCAAGGCGACGUUAUCCGCGGCAAUGCGCAGAUAGUGCGGGACUUUGCUCUGGUCGCAGAGCAAUUGACACAAAUCGGCUCCGCUUUGGACUCCAUGAACGAUGUGGUCUCCUCGAUGCGCGCUCGUACUGCCCUGGCGUCUGCCGAAACUGCACCGAUCCUCGAAGAGUCCUCUCAGCUCCUCGCACAGAAGAAAGCCGUUGAAGACAAGCAAGUGCUGCUCGCCGCGUUUACCAAGCACUUCACCGUAUCUGAAGAUGACAUCGUGUUGCUCACGAGCUCCGCCGAACCCGUAGACGACCGGUUUUUCAGAGUACUCCAGAAUGUCAAGAGAAUACACACCGAUUGUCAAGUACUACUGGCAAGUGGGAAUGAAAAGGUGGGCACCGAGAUUAUGGACGAAAUGGUCAAGCAUCUACAUGCCGCUUUCCAGAAGCUCUUCCGUUGGGUGCAGCGAGAGCUCAAGACUCUCUCCCUGGAGAAUCCCCAAGUAAACAGUGGUAUACGGCGGGCUCUUCGAGUCUUAGCUGAGCGCCCUACAUUAUUUCAAAACUGUCUAGACUUCUUUGCCGAGGCACGACAGAAGAUAUUGCUCGACUCAUUCUACACUGCGAUGACCGGAAGUACCCACGGCACCGCGGUAGACUACCAUAUCGAUCAUGCCACGAAACCUAUAGAGGUCUAUGCCCACGACCCUCUCCGGUACAUUGGCGACAUGUUAGCGUGGCUACAUUCCACAGCGGUAGGAGAGCAAGAAACACUUGAAGUUCUGUUCGUCGCUCAAGAGGGCGAGGAUGGCGUUCAGAAAAUGAGUAUAUUAGGGGGGUUUGAGGAGAGCUUGAAAAGUGAUCUUAUGGCAGAGGAUGAGGCAUUUGGGUGGGAUGCUCGGCGCGGGCUGGUGUUACUCGUCGAUAAGAAUCUCGAGACGGUGUGCAAGCCGUUGAAAGCCCGGAUUGAGCAAGCAAUUGCCAGCCAGGAGUCAAGCACCUUGACUUACAAGCUGACGAACCUGAUCAAUUUUUACCGGCUCACUUUCCAACGUCUAUUUGGAGAGGAUUCCAAUCUUCUCGCCACCACACAGAACCUGCACGACUCAGCGCUGCGACAAUUUUACAGCACACUCCAGGACCAUGUCCGGUCGGUCAAAUCGGACUUGCCGCAGGCACCUACCAAUCUCGCGCCUCCUAUGUUCCUCCAGGAUGCGCUGAAAGAGUUGACACUUCUGAUGAAGUCGUACGACACUUCUCUUGCUCCGCUAGAAUCAAGAGAGGAUGGAUUCGCCAAGAUCCUAGAUAGCGCGCUGGAUCCAUACCUUGAAGGAUGCGUCGAGCUCUCGCGAGAGCUGCAGAAGCCUGAUGGAGAUGUCUUCAGUCUCAACUGCCUACACGUAGCAAAGUCUGCUCUGGAACCCUUCGAGUUCACAGCUCGACGAGUCGAAAAGCUGCAGGAGCAGAUUGCACACCAUGUCAACAUCUUAGUGGACUAUGAGCUUGACUUCUUCCUUCAGCAAUCAGGCCUGCAUCCUCUCCUUCAGACUCUCUCGGAAUGGGAAGCCAAGCCCACCGGCCACCCUCCGUUCACACCCACUUCCCUUCAACAAGCCUCGGAAAAGUUGGACGACUUCCUUCCCUCGGCGCUGAUGGACGCCCGAGCAACCCUUAACCGCCUCAGCUCCCCGCAGUUUCUAGACGAAAUCACGGCGAAAGCCGCUGAGGAGUUUACACACAAUUUUGCACGGGUCGAGGAGGCAGUGAUCGACACGAUGGGCGGUAACGAGGGGGAGGCAGAAGAUAUGCGUCGAUUCUGGCCUAGGACUGUGGAUGAAGUUACUGUGCUGCUUAAUUAAGCUAGACUUGGGAAUGACGAAGAAGAUAGCUCAAGUGUAUUACCUGCAUGAAUUGAGAAAAUACGAUACAUAAUACCACACUUUAUGAACCAAAUUCAACGCACAACCACAU